CGGGGGUAGCGGCGGAGCCGCGGCGUGGUCCUCGGCUGGCCUGGGCCGGGGCAGGCGAUUGGAGCAGGUGGACGCUGCCCUGGCUGAGUACCUGAGCUUGGCAAGAGACGAAGAGGACCGCAACCUCCUUCAGCGGGACCUACCCCCCAUGUCCGACCCGGCAUCCGCAGCCCUAGACGCCGCCGCCGCCGCCCUAGCUGCCAGCGGCAGCGGCAGAGGCAGCGCCACCGAUACACCCGCCAUGACAGCUGGUGGUGGUGGUGGUGGUGGUGGGGGUGGUGCUGCCGGCGUGCGCAACCCCCGGGAGUCCGGAAGCAUUCACCUCCUGGAGGGAAACUGGCGCGAAUG